AUGAGACUUCGUUUGCAACAGAUUUCUACAUUUAUUGUUUUUAUUCUACUGUUGGACUACAUAAUGACUGUAGAAAGUGCCAGUAUUAAAAAAUGUACCCGGCCAAGUAGACGGACAAUGAGACGGAUACGAGCUGAGUUCUUUCGUAAACUUAAGAGAAGGUUACACGAUAGUUUUGGAUCUUUAACACAUCUUACACAACAAACAGUUCGAAGGUCAACUAAUGAAGGACAGAAAUAUGUUCACAAACGACACAUUAGUGAUGACCCAAAAGAAGGAAGAUGUCCAAGAAAUAAAUAUGUAGAAGAAUCUUGUCCGCAUUACUUCGUUUUGGAUGUAGACGAUAAUAGGAUACCAGAAGUAAUUCUCCAAGCUAAAUGUAAAUGUUCUAAAUGCCUGGAGCUCAAUUCGUAUGGUUCAUUUCAAAACAGUUCAUAUGCUGGAUGUGAAACUGUAGAUUACUACAGCCGGGUUCUUCGUGUUACCAAUUGUGUAAAUGGUUAUUUUAAAUAUGACGAAGUUUGGGAACCAGUGGCAGUAGCAUGCCGUUGUACUAAUCAACGUCAAGUUCGGGUAAACGCAUAGAAAAGUAUGCUUGUGGCUUUUGUAUGUCAGAAAAUACCAAGAACGCUUGCAGUUUUUUCUAUGUCAGAAAGUACCAAGAUAUAACAGAUCUUAACUAGUUGAGUUAAUAAUAUGUGUACUCAUCAUAUGAGAAUAAAUCGCGGAUAUUUAUAGUAAAAUGAUAUAGAAUACCCCAACUCCACGUCUUCAAUCAAGGACAUUUUUAACAUCUAGUUCAAUUCCAGAAAACAAUAAAAAACCAUUAUCCUUCGGAUAAGCUAAUAUUACUUAAAAAAAUACAAUUGUCAAUCAUUUGUACACUGAAAGAAUUGCUACUGAAAUUUUAGUUUACGCACUGAAAGUCUUGGAAUAGAUUUUAACGUUACUGAAUUUCAAUGACAGAGUAGGAAGUAAAGCACAUACAGAAAUGCGAAUAGAAAGAAAGAAUAAUACAAUUAGAAUUUACUGGAAAAGAAAAAGAAAAAAAACGAUGUAUUCAGUCAGCAAAAAAAAUGUGUAGUCUUCAUUGCAAAAGUUGAUAAUAUCGGCAAUUCUGGCACGAUUGAAAAAGCGUCCAUUUCCUUUAACCUUUUAUAUGACAUGUUGUUUGCCAAGCCUUCACUGCCAAACAUUGUAUUUCUAGUCAUCAAUUAUAUAUUUGUAAAUUGUAUUCUUUUUUUGAUUAAAAAGGAAUAAAAAGUCUUGAUAGGAAAUAUUAUAUAGUUAUGUCGUGUGUGUACCUAAUAAGUUAUUGCUUGACUGUCUAAAGAAUGAUGGGUAAAAAAUGCGUGGAAGAUUGCAACCCAAAGAUACCAAAGCGUCGGCAAUUACAAUUGUAUUUUAUUGUGAAAACGUUGAAAUUGUUGAUAUCUACUAAGGUGUCGCAUUCUCAUCUGAUGGAAACUGGACUAACCAUAUAAAUAAUAUUACAAAGUAUCAUGCAUUAAAACAGGUAAAUAUACUAAGGAACCUAAAGUUUACACUUUCCAAAAAACAGCUUAUCAUAAAUAUAUAGCUUUUAAAAGACAAAUUUUGGAACAUGGAUGCGAAGCAUGGGAUAAGUGUUUUAAUGUGAAUUAAAUAGAUAAGAAAAAUACAAGUAGAAAGCUCCAAAUAUAGUAAUAGGGCUAAUAAGAUUGGCAAUCUUAGAAGUAUUAUAAGUCCUAUAUUUCGAAACUGGCUCCGAAGUCUUAGCAGAAAGGCGUUGACACCAAUAACUAAUUAUU